AUGGAUUCUCUUGCAAUCAAACCAGUCCAAUAUUCAGGUCAAUUCGAUAAAGACUAUAUUACCAUUACUCCUACCCAAGAAGAUCCGCAAAACAAAGUUGUAGUUAAAACUUUACAUCAAUCCAAUUCCAGCUCAACCUUAAGGAACCCUCCAAGUCUGCGUUCGAUAGUGUAUAAGGCUGAAUUUAAUUCUAAAUCUAAUCUAUCACUCGGAUCAAAUCAAAAUCAAUCAGAAUUAGAUUCUCAACAUCAUGCUACUUCUUCUUCUUCUGAUUCAACUAGCACUGUAGUAGAAAAUAUAGAAGUUGUUGUUAAAUUAGAAGAAGUAACAAGUAACAUUAAAUCAGAUAAAGCUGUAGUUGAGAAAAAAUCUCCCUUAGAUAGUUUUAAAUCACAUUGGUUAGAUUUCUUAACUUGGUUUACGCCUUAUCGUCAAAUUUUCCUUGUGGUUGUGACUGUGAAUGCUUCAAUAGUGAUUUCCAUCAUAUCUGGUGCACUUGGAGGUCCUAAAAGAGAUCUUUCCUUAGCAGUUAUUCUUAAUAUCUUUGUUGCUAUUGCAAUUCGAAACGAAUGGGUGAUUAGAUUGAUUUAUUGGAUUUUUAUUAAAUCAUUUAGAAGUCCAAAAGUUCCGAUUAAGAUUAGAAAACAUAUCGUUGGAAUUUUAUAUCAUAUUGGCGGACUUCAUAGUGGUUGCGGUUUAUCUGCAUUGUUUUGGUUAGGAUUAUCUGCAUAUAGACAUUUAAAGAAUCCAAAUCACUUUCAUCCGGUUGUGAUUACUCUUUUAUCAAUAUCAAUCGGUUGUAUCUUAAUCACUUGUAUUACCGCUACUCCUAUAUUUCGUGGUAAAAGACAUGAUCUGUUCGAAAUGAUUCAUCGGUUUAUUGGAUGGUUGGGAAUCAUUAGUACUCUGGUUUUUGUAAUCUUAGGACAUUUAUUAUCAAGGACGAAUCCAAUUAAAAAUAUGAUGGAUGUCAUACUCGAUGUUCAAUUUUGGUUGAUGAUCACAAUUCUUUUUUUUAUCAUUUCCUCUUGGAUCACAACUCGACAUGUCGAUGUCGAAUGUUUUGCGUCUUCCAAGAAAGCUACGGUGGUCAAAGUUCCGGGUGGAUUGACUUCAGGUCUUCAUACCCGAAUCUCCCGUGGUGGUUUGAAAGAAUGGCACAUCUUUGGAUCAAUAAGUGAAGGAAAACAUUCAAAUUGUCAUUAUAUCGUAGCAGCUGUUCAAGGUGAAUUUACGGGGGGUUUGAACUUAGAUCAACCUACUAGACUUUACACCAAACUAUGGAAGCCUGCUGGAUUACCAUACUUUUCUAGAAUGUUUAAUAGAGGAGUAGCCAUCUGUACAGGAUCAGGGAUCGGAGCAGUAGCUUCAACUUGCAUUCAACAUUCAGAUUGGUUUUUGAUUUGGAUUGGACCUGAUUUACAAAACACUUAUGGAUCUGAAAUCAUGAAUUUGAUUGAAGAUAAAAUUCCAACAGAUAGAAGAUUAAUUUGGGAUACUCGUGGUCCUUUAGGUAGACCUGAUGUAUUCUCACUCUUAUCUAAAACUUAUAAAGAUUGGAAUGCUGAAGUGGUACUUUUUAUUGGUAGUCCUGCUUUGAACAAAAGUGUACUUAGAUCAUCAAGAGAACAUAAGAUUCCAUUAUUCGGAUCGAUCUGGGAUGCAUAA